GAAAUGAAAUAAAGGUCCAGGUGGCUUGGGACCUUAUUACACUUUUCUUCUACUUGACUCAGGUUGAAUAUAAGCCUUUGGCUCAAGUCCGGAAGCCACCCUCCAAGAUCAGGAACCUCAAAAUGACCCGACAUUUGCAUAAGGGUACAAACACCAACAUUACUUCACUCCCUUUUAUGGAUACCAAGGAGAAGAAGAAUGUGAUCAACCUCCCACACAUCAGCAACAAAAUUCUGCUGAAGCCUGGUGUGCUGUCCCGGGUAAGUACAGGGCAGUGGGCAUGCUCCAUGAAGACUCAUGAACACAAGGUAGAAGAGAAACCACCAAAGAAGCACAAGGUGCCUCUGACAGCAGCAGAAGCCCUAAAGAAUUUUAAGAGUAAGCUGUCUCCUUAUGAGCAAAGUGAAAUCCUGGUCUACACAGAGCUAUGGUCCCUGGGGCUUGAUGCUGAGAAACUCAAUGUGGCUCCAGAGAAAUUCAGCAAGACAAGUUUUGAUGAUGAACAUGGCUCCUAUCUGAAGGUCCUGCAUGACCACAUUGCCUACCGCUACGAGGUUCUGGAGACGAUUGGAAAAGGGUCCUUUGGACAGGUGGCCAAGUGCUUGGAUCACAAAAACAAUGAGUUGAUGGCCCUGAAAAUCAUCAGGAACAAAAAGAGAUUUCACUACCAGGCCCUGGUGGAGCUGAGGAUCCUGGAAGUCCUCAGAAGGAAGGAUAAAGACAACAAGUACAAUGUGGUACACAUGAAGGACUUUUUCUACUUCCGGAAUCACCUCUGCAUCACCUUUGAACUUUUGGGAAUCAACUAGUAUGAGUUGAUGAAGAGUAAUAGCUUUCAAGGUUUCAGUCUAUCGGUAGUUCGGCGCUUCACGCUCUCUGUAUUGAAGUGCUUGCAAAUGCUUUACGUAGAGAAAAUCAUCCACUGUGAUCUCAAGCCUGAAAAUAUAGUACUAUACCAAAAGGGCCAAAUCGCAGUUAAAGUUACUGACUUUGGGUCCAGUUGUUAUGAGCACCAGAAAGUAUACACCUAUAUCCAGAGCCGGUUCUACCAAACCCCUGAGGUGAUUCUGGGUCACCCCUACAAUAUGGCCAUUGAUAUGUGGAGCCUGGGCUGCAUCUUGGCAGAGCUGUACACGGGUUACCCUCUGUUCCCGGGGGAGAAUGAGGUGGAGCAGCUGGCCUGCAUCAUGGAGGUGCUGGGUCUGCCGCCAGCCCACUUCAUUCAGACGGCCUCCAGGAGACAGACGUUCUUUGGACAAGGAAUAGAUGAACCUCUUUCAGAGACUGGAUUUAAAUAAGCGGCUGCUGCUGGUAGAUUUAUGAGUAAAGUGAGGUUUACUCAUGUUUUCUCCAGCGAUCGCACACGGUCAAAGCAGACCAUGCAUGGGAUUUUGAAGCAUAACCUGUUUUGCAAACAUAUGACAGUACAGUAUGAUUCAAGACUUCGAGAAAGGGUAAGUGACUUAUUUAUUGUGUAUGCCAGAUUUUCAUUGCUGUGACAAAUACCUGAGAAAAACAACAUAGAAGAAAGAUUUAUUUUGGCUUAUGGUUUCAGAAGUGCCAGUCCAUGGUUGGCUGGUUCCAUUGCUUUGGAACUGAGAUGAGUGAGAAUAUCAUACGGAGGAAAGCUGCUUCACCUCAUGGUAGCCAAGAUGGAGAGAGAGGGUGGGGGAGGGAAGGGAUAGAGAGAGGAGGGGCCAGGAACAAAAUAUAGUUCCCAAGGGAAAAAUAUAGUCCCCAGUAACCUACUUCCUCCACACAGGCCUACCUGCCUAGCGUCCACAACCUCCCAUUCAGUUAUCCCUGGAUCAAUCCACCAAUGAGGUCAGAGUCCUCAUGAGCCAGUCACUUCCCCAAAGCCCCACCUCUUGAACAUUGGCACUGGGGAUCAGUUCUUAAACUCAUGAGCACUGGGGGGACAUGCCUGAUCCAAACUGCAGUAUUUAUACAUCGUGCUUUAUCAUAAAAUUUCAGCUAGCCACCUCAUUUUGUUAUGUGGCUAAAAAUUAAGUGUAGUUCUACUGGGGUCUACUAAAUAAGUCACAUAUUCUUUUAUAUAUUCUCAUAGUACACGUGUGUGUGUGUGUGUGUGUGUGUGUGUGUGUGUUUUGCUGGGUGUCAAACCCAGGGCCUUGCACAUAUUAGGCAAGUGCUGUACCACUGAGCCACACACCCAGCCUGUAUGUAGCACCUUUUAAAUUUACUAAAAAUUUAUGAGAUAAGAUGGGAUAAGCCUCUUGAAUCAUAAAAGGAGAUACUUGUAAGAACUUGAAACAAUAUACAAGAGUUUAGAGUAAAAGGUGAAAAGUUCUCACCUCUCAGUCCUACUCCUCCCUUACAGGUAUGAAUAGAUUUUUCUCCUGCCCAUUUUGUAGGCCAGAAAUGGUCUUCCUGAGGUUGACUUAGCAAAGUCAUACAGUCAAAUCAUUAGAUUUGAAUCCAAGUCUCCUAGAGCAGCCUUGAUUUUUAUUGUGCUCUCUAAUACUAACCUGUAAGCCCGUUAGCAUCCCUGCCACCUCAUGAAUCUCUUCUUUACCUGGGCAGAAAUGUAACAGAAUGUGGAGGGGAUUUUUAAAGAAUGGGUUCCCAUAACUUGCAUGUGUUCUCUGUUAUUGUUAAGAAUGGAUCUUAGAGCUACAUCCUCAAGGCUGCACAAAGGGCUCAGUCUGUGCCUGAGAACCAGGGCUCAGACUGUUCAAGAUGUUCAGACCUCUGAACCCUGAGCACACCUGUCAUCAUACAGUAGGAGAAAGCAUCAUCAGUGGGCGUGGCCACCUUUCUCACUCUGUGCUCUGUUCCUGGAGUGAUUUCAUCUCCUAUGGUUUUAGUUGGUAAAAUCCCAAUGGUUUCCAAAUCUGUGAUCAGCUGAGAUCUCUUACCUGAGCUGCAUGUUCACUAUCAGACUGCCUACUGUGGGUUUCUGGUUUGUAUGUUCUGCACCUGUUUUCUGCUCAUUGGGUGUUUUCCUUUACCCCAGGCUGCUCCUCUUUACCCUAUUGGUUGAGCCAUUCAUUUUUGGCUCUUUGUCUCUUAUGUCCCACCACCUACCACAGGCAGUCCUACAUGUGUUCUCUGCAAACCCCUGCGGCCAUCCUGGAGCAGCUCAGUGUCAUCUCCUACCUCAGUCCCUGUGAUAGUCAUUCUCUUCUUUCCUGUCUUGCAUUCUCUUUUCAAACCUAGUGUCCAACUGCAACCUGAAUAAUCCUUUGCAGAACGGUUCACUAAUUCUCUUAAACCUGGGUCCCAAGGUACUGUGUAAACUCAUCUGUCACCUCCUUGCCUUCUCUUCCUCCCUGGUACUUCACGUUGUAGUCUCAGAGUACUGGUUGGGCGUUGGCAUGGUGUUUGCCACCUGCUAGCAUUCUUUCCAAGCACUGCAAAUUCAUUCAACUUCGUAACAUACUGUGUGAAGACUGAAAAACCUCACGUUUUAAUUCACAUUUUAUAGAUGGCAGACAUCAAAGCACACAGAAGUCAAGUCUAUGCUCCCGAUCACAUAGCCACCCAGCCCUGCAGUUCAUACUCUGGAACGCUGAUCACGGGCCUCUCAGUGUUAUUUUAUCAUUUUACUUUAUAUAUAGACUUAUAAUGGUAUGAAUUUUCCAUUUAAAGAACUUUUCUUUCAAGAUAUAACAGUAACUAUAAAUAUGCAAUGGGAAAUAUAAAUAGUUCUUUCAAGACUUGGAUGUGAUAGUAAAAAAUAUACAUUAUCUUACCAAGAAUCAAUCAAUGAAAUAGGCUAAUUUUUUCAUUAAAGAACAAACACACAAACAAACAUUUUUUAAAAGGGGAAAAAAAAUUUCUAUAACAAGGAUGUGAAUCCCCCAACUUGCAACACUGAGUUCCUUCCAUUUAUCACUCAGAGAUGGGAUCAAGCAGGGUGGAAAACGCAGGCUGCACUCAAGACAACAUAAGUCAAUUCUAAAUGGCUUUCCACUACUGUGUGAUGUGGCUGACAUUCCAGAAGAGUUUAUGAUUUUUAACUAUUUCUGAAUUAGCACUAGCAAAGGACGGAAAUAAAGUAAGCCAAAGGCACUCCCUUCAGAAGCUCAAAACUGUCUUGAAAGGUACCUAAACACGCUCCCCGAGGGAAGAAGCCCCUCAUCCCUGGAGCCACCAUCCCACCUGGGGUUUCUGACAGGAAGAAGCCCAGAGCCCCCACCUCUGCCAGCUGUCAGUAGUUUGGACACCUGGGAUCUCCAGGUCCAGGGGUAGCUCCAUUCCCACCAUUGAUAGCAGGCCCCCAGCCUGGGCAGCCCAACCCACUCAGCCCUUGGUGCUGACAGACGUAGAAAUCCCACCGUGGGGGCCCAUGUCAGCACCCACACACAUUCUGUCAUGUAUGACUAAAAAAAAUAAGUAAAAAUUAAAAAAAAAGGUGGCAGACUGGA